AUGAAGCCAGCUACUCGAUUCGUCAGCACCGCCGUUCGUCGCGCCGCCCGAUCUUCCCUCCGCGUCCAGUCGUCCGCCAAUUGCAUCAUCGCCAGCCGAGCUCCUGCCAUCAGCCAUGCUACCCCCGUUCGCAGCUUCCACGUAUCAAUGGGCAUGAGGGUGGGUAUUAUGCCUGGUGAGGAGGACCCGAAGCCCAAGGAGAGUGAAGCCCACGACGAACCUGGCAAACCCACGGAGCUCUCAAUAGAAGAAUUCCACGAGCGCGCAGACUACUACCUGGGCGAGCUGGUACAGAGGUUAGAGGAGGCUCAGGAGAAUGACCCUGCCAUUGAAGUAGACUACUCCGCUGGCGUGCUCGAAGUCACUUUCCAAGAGAACACAUUCGUACUGAACAAACAACCCCCGAACAAGCAGAUCUGGCUCAGUUCCCCAAUCUCUGGGCCGAAGCGAUUCGACUGGGUCGUCGCACAAGAAGGCAUGGACUUCAAGGAGGGUGGUGGCAUCGGCGACUGGGUAUACAUGAGGGACGGCAGCUCGCUCACUGAGAUUCUCAGGAAAGAGCUGGGCGUUGACGUCAGUGUGGAUGACCAGGUCCCGCGUUAA